AUGGCUUACAACACUAAUGCGAGUAGCAACAACAACAGCAAUAACAUUGUAAGCCGUUUCGAGAGCUUCUAUGAAGGUUGGCUCGUGCGUCAAGAGCACUACCUCGACGAGCUUCUCUCAGCUCAAAACAGCAACUGUGAUAGUUCAGCACGAGAAGAAGAGAUGAGAGAACUCAUAUCCCGAGUUCUCUCUCAUUACCAACACUACUUCGAAGAGAAAGCUAGGGUAGCCAGCGCUGACGUUUUUUUCCUAUUCUCUCCUACUUGGUUCAGCCCUUUCGAGCGUUCCUUCCUUUGGAUGGCUGGGUUCAAACCCGGAAUGCUGAUUCGACUCGUUGAAAAAUCGGUCAAGGAUUUGUCCGAGGAACAAAAGCAGUGUUUGGAUAGGCUGAGAGCGGAGACGAGGGUGGAGGAGAAGCAACUGUCGGAUGAACUUGCUCGGGUGCAAGAGUCGGUGGCGGCGCCGCCACUUUUAGAGCUGAUAAGACGAGGGAGGAGGUUAGUAGAUGGGGAGUGGAGACAGGCGGAGCGAGUGCUUGAAACAUUGAGUUCGUCGAUGGAGACUUUGGUGGAGAAAGCGGACUUUCUGAGGAUUGCUACUGCGAGGAAAGCUGCCGAUUUACUGAAUCCAAUUCAGACUGUGAGGCUCUUAGCUGCUGCUACUCAACUUCAGCUUAGAGUUCGAACUUGGGGUUGGGAGAGAGAAGCUGAAAGGCGAGUGGGUCGCACUGAGUAA